UUUUUUGUAUGUAUAAAUUUCUUCCGUCGCGUAGGAGAACGGGACCUUCUUCGCAGUUUCUUGGUUUCUUCUUUGCUCCCGUCUUCUUUGAUUCCUCCUCGAGAAGGUUGAGGACCGAAGCAGAGGAAAAAAGUUAGAAAGGGAAAGUUUCUAUGCUUUGGGUGCAAAAUUGAACAUAAAAAAGAAGAAAAGGAAGCUUUUGUUGUCCGCUCAGGCACGUAUCACAUCUUAGAAGGAUCAUUAUAUUUCUAGGAAUUUACUUCAUUGUCCCUUGUUUAACUCUUGUUUGUAAAGAAAUACUACAAUGUCAACCUGUCUAUCAUAUGGGAGUGUCAACUUACCAUCCAGAGCAAAGCUAUAUAGCACAAAAAGUCACCAGCAAACAUCUGGGGUAUCUGGUUUGGUUUUCAAGACGUGCAUGCAGAUAGAUUAUACAAGGUUAUGUACCGCAUCCAGGUUCUUAAGUUCCAAGGGAAGCGGUCUUCUCCGAACCCCUUUCAGUCACAGAAAUGCUUCCAUUAGAGCUGCUACCGUCGCAUGCUUGCAGGAUAGUUCUACGAAGUAUUUUGACUUUGUAGUUGUUGGCAGUGGUGUUGCUGGUCUAAGGUAUGCUCUAGAAGUUUCAAAACAUGGAUCGGUUGCUGUAAUUACUAAGGCUGAACCUCAUGAGAGCAACACAAACUAUGCACAAGGUGGUGUUAGUGCUGUUUUAUGCCCUUCAGAUUCUGUAGAGAGUCACAUGCAAGACACGAUUGUUGCAGGGGCUUAUUUAUGCGAUGAGGAGACAGUUAGGGUAGUGUGCACAGAAGGUCCAGAUCGAGUUAAAGAACUAAUUGCAUUUGGUGCGUCAUUUGAUCAUGGAGAAGAUGGAAAAUUACAUCUUGCAAGGGAAGGAGGGCAUUCUCAUAAUAGAAUUGUUCAUGCUGCUGAUAUGACUGGCAGAGAGAUCGAGAGGGCAUUACUAAAGGCUAUUGAUGAUGAUCCUAACAUUAUUUUGUUCGGGCACCACUUUGUCGUAGACUUACUGACUUCUCAGGAUGAUGAUGAAAUAUAUUGCCAUGGUGUGGAUGCUCUGAAUACGGAAACUCAACAGGUUGUCUGCUUGAUGUUGUUCAAAGCCUCUGAUCUUGUUGUUCGUUUCAUAUCAAAGGUGACACUACUUGCAUCUGGAGGAGCUGGACAUAUUUAUCCCACAACCACAAAUCCGCUGGUGGCUACUGGAGAUGGAAUUGCAAUGGCUCAUCGUGCUCAGGCUGUGAUUUCUAACAUGGAAUUUGUGCAGUUCCACCCGACAGCACUAGCUGAUGAAGGCCUCCUAAUCAAGCCAACUAAGAGACGAGAGAAUGCAUUUCUGAUCACCGAAGCGGUCAGAGGAGAUGGAGGCAUCCUUUAUAACCAGUCUAUGCAGAGGUUCAUGCCAUUGUAUGAUGAACGCGCGGAACUAGCUCCGAGGGAUGUAGUUGCAAGAAGUAUAGACGAUCAGCUAAAAAAACGUGGAGAGAAGUAUGUGCUACUGGACAUAAGCCAUAAGCCAAGAGAGCAAAUUCUCUCACACUUCCCCAACAUCGCUGCAGAGUGUCUCCGAUUCGGGCUGGACAUAACACGCUCACCAAUACCUGUAGUCCCUGCAGCUCACUACAUGUGUGGUGGUGUCCGAGCUGGUCUGCAAGGAGAGACAAAUGUGAAAGGUCUAUAUGUAGCUGGCGAGGUAGCAUGCACCGGUUUGCAUGGGGCUAAUCGGCUUGCGAGCAACUCUUUGCUUGAAGCACUGGUCUUUGCCCGCCGUGCGGUGCAACCCUCAAUAGACCAUAUGGCUUGCUCAACUGUUGACAUCCCUGCUUCAACCAUGUGGGCAUGCCCGAUUCUUCCGGCGUCCCUUGGCAGUGACGUCGUGGAGGAGAUUACUCAGAAGACGAAGGAUACCAGGACAGAGCUGCAAUCCAUUAUGUGGGAAUAUGUUGGGAUAGUGAGGUCUACGAGCCGGUUGAAGACUGCCGAGUGGAAGAUUGGGGAUUUGGAGUUCGAAUGGGAGGAGUUUUUGUUCCGUAGGGGGUGGAAACCAACAAUGGUUGGACUUGAAACGUGCGAGAUGAGGAACCUGUUCUGCUGCGCAAAACUGGUUGUGAGCAGUGCCCUUGCGAGACAAGAAAGUAGGGGUCUGCAUUUUACAGAGGACUUCCCUUACUUGGAGGAGAGUAAGAGGAAGCCAACAAUUAUCUUUCCAACUUCACCUAAGCUGACAUGGAGUUCACAGCAGGUGCAUAAGCAACCACUUUGUUGAAAUAUCGGAGUUCUUCGGUCCUGUUCUUUCACCUCAUGUUUGAGAUACUGAUGCAAGUAUGGCGAAUUAGAGCUCUACUAGAAUAAUAUCCUAUCCAAAAUUUAAAUUCUCAAAGAUCCAGGCCUGAGCAUCCUAUGGUACAUGAAGACCUUGCAUGUUAUAAGAAAUGUUGCUGGGAUGUUGUACAUCAUAUCUUGUUCAAGACAUGCAUGAUCAUGCACUUACUUUUUUUUUCGGUUUCUUUCAUUUCCAUUUGUUUUACACUUUGAUUCUAUGGAAGUAGUCCAAUUACACCUUUUCAGUA